AUGGUGAUUGCCAAAUCGCUGUACCAGCAGCAGCACUCAGUGAUGUGGGAAAACAUGGCCAACAAACUGUCGAAAGGUUCUUGCAUUCUUGAUUUUGAUAAGAAAUUGCGGGAACGUCUUGCAACAAGUUUGGAUUCCUUGGAUAAAAUAGCCCAAGAGUGUUUUAUGGACUUGGGUUCCUUCCCUGAAGAUAAAAGGAUCCCUGCCUCUGCUCUGAUCGAUAUUUGGUGUGAGCUCCAUGAACUAGAAUAUGAAAGCGAUGCCUUUGUCAUUCUUCUUGAACUUGCCUCUCGAAAUCUUAUUAAUUUGGUUGGAAGCAGGAAAAAUUCAAGGGAGAUUGUUUCUAGCUUCAGUGAGCUAUUUGUUACCCAGCAUGAGCUGCUGAGAGACCUGGCUAUCUAUGAGAGCCGGAAGCAGCAGAGUGAAAUGUGUCUAGAAAGCUGGUAUGACUUGCAACUUGAUGAAGUUGAGGUGCUGAUUCUGAAUCUCUCUGCAAGCAACUACACCUUGCCCCUAUUCAUGGAAAAGAUGAGAAAGCUGAAGGUUCUAAUCAUUGUAAACCAUGGAAGGACCAAAGCCAAGCUAAGAAAUUUGAUAACACAUAGUGAAUUUGCUAAUCUAAAGAGGAUCAAGUUAGAGAAAGUGUCGAUUCCUUCCUUUAUGAUCGCAAUGCCAUUGAAGAAUUUGCAAAAGCUAUCUUUAUUCAUGUGUGAUUUUGGCCAAGUUUUGAUGAAAUUCACCAUCAAGAUCUCCUCCAUGUUACCUAAUCUUGUUGAGAUCAACAUCGAUUACUGCCAUGAUCUGGUGGAAUUACCUCCGUGGAUCUGCGGUAUCAUCAAUUUACAGACACUUAGUAAUACUAACUGUGAUAACUUAUCUGCACUAACUGAGAGAAUUGGAGAUAUAGCAAAUUUAGAGUUUUUAAGGUUGCAUGGAUGUACUGGAUUACUUAAGUUACCAGACUCAAUUAAUGGACUCCAGAAACUGAGGUUCCUUGAUAUAUCUGAUUGUUGCAACUUAAAAAUGCUGCCUGAUGGGAUGGGUGAGUUACAUUGUUUGAAGAAGCUUGACAUGAGAGGUUGCAUAGUCUUGAGUGAAUUGCCACCUUCAGCCAUGAAUCUUGUUAAUUUAAUGGAAGUGAUAUGUGAUGAAGACACAAUAGCUAGUCUUUGGGAACCUCUAUCAUCUACUCUGACAAUAAUUGAGCUUAAAAAGGACAACAACUUGGAUUGGCUUGGGGUUGAUAUUUGA